AAUAAGCGACUCUCCAGCAGCUGAGCGGAGAGACUGCAGGGGCGCCUCCACUAGCACCACCGCCUCCCAGUUUCCCCUUGUGGAUGCACAGCCCUUCUGGCUCCACUCCUACCAGCGCAGAGGGGCCCAAAGAGGCCGGAGGAGCGGACUCAGGACGGGAUUUCUGAGGAAGGGGAGAGGACUAGUGCCCCACCCGCUGGGGGGUUGGGGGGCGGUGAACGAUGAAGGGCCGGAGGCGGCGGCGCCGAGAGUACUGCAAGUUUGCGCUGUUGUUAGUGCUGUACACACUGGUGCUGCUGCUCGUCCCCUCGGUACUGGACGGCGGCCGUGACGCGGACAAGGGAGCCGGGCACUGCCCAGGCCUACAGCGCAGCCUGGGAGUGUGGAGCCUGGAGGCGGCGGCAGCGGGAGAGCGUGAGCAGGGGGCGGAGGCGCGGUCCGCCGCGGAGGAGGGUGCGGGCCAGUCCCCCUGGUCCCCGGGCAACCUCAGCAGCGCAGUCAGGGAGUCGGUGUCUGGUGAGAAGCAGCACAUCUAUGUGCAUGCCACCUGGCGCACCGGCUCUUCAUUCCUGGGCGAGCUUUUUAAUCAGCACCCGGACGUUUUCUACUUGUACGAGCCCAUGUGGCAUCUCUGGCAGGCUCUGUAUCCGGGAGACGCUGAGAGCCUGCAGGGCGCGCUGCGCGACAUGCUGCGCUCACUUUUCCGCUGUGACUUCUCGGUGUUGCAGCUGUAUGCGCCACCGGGGGACCCAGCCGCGCGCACCCCGGGCACGGCCAAUCUCACCACGGCUGCCCUCUUUCGCUGGCGGACCAACAAGGUCAUCUGCUCGCCGCCCCUGUGCCCCGGCGCGACCCGUACCCGGGCCGAGGUCGGCCUCGUCGAGGACGCCGCCUGCGAGCGCAGCUGCCCACCCGUGGCUCUGCGCGCCCUGGAGGCCGAGUGCCGCAAGUACCCGGUGGUGGUCAUCAAGGACGUGCGCCUCCUCGAUUUGGGCGUGCUGGUGCCCCUGCUGCGUGACCCCGGCCUCAACCUGAAAGUGGUGCAGCUUUUCCGCGACCCACGAGCAGUGCACAACUCACGCCUGAAGUCCCGGCAGGGGCUGCUGCGCGAGAGCAUCCAGGUGCUGCGCACCCGCCAGAGGGGCGACCGCUUCCACCGCGUGCUGCUGGCGCACGGCGUGGGCGCUCGCCCUGGCGGCCCGUCCCGCGCGCUACCAGCCGCGCCACGCACCGACUUCUUCCUGACCGGCGCUCUCGAGGUGAUCUGCGAAGCCUGGCUGCGCGACCUGCUCUUCGCGCGCGGGGCUCCCGCCUGGCUGCAGCGCCGCUACCUGAGGCUGCGCUACGAGGACCUGGUGCGGCAGCCGCGCGCCCAGCUGCGCCGCCUGCUGCGCUUCGCCGGGCUGCGCGCACUGGCCGCUCUGGACGCUUUCGCGGUGAACAUGACUCGAGGCGCGGCCUAUGGCGCGGACCGGCCCUUCCACCUGUCGGCGCGCGACGCCCGGGAGGCUGUGCACGCCUGGCGUGAGCGCCUGAGCCGAGAGCAGGUGCGCCAGGUGGAGGCUGCUUGUGCUCCGGCCAUGCGUCUGCUGGCCUACCCUCGCAUCGGAGAGGAGGGCGACGCCGAGCCGGCGGUAGAUGAGGAGACGCUGCUGGAGACGGAGGCCGACAGCGCCACGUAGACCCCCACCCGCUUCCCGGGGGGCGGAUCCGGGUCAGUCACCAUGAACCAGGGCACUCAGCAUGCUGUGGAGGCAAUCUAUCACGCUGUCAGAGACCGCAACAUGAUUUGGUACCAACUGCUGUGCAGUUCUGCAGAGCAGGAAUGUCAUGAGCUUAUUCAAUAAUGACCAACACACUGGUUGAGACAAAGUUUCCACUAAGGAAGUGACAGUGUAAUGUGGAUAAUUAUGGCAAUAAAGUAAGAAGAGCUUUAGUUCCCAGCCUGAACCUGCCUCUGCUGGAGCCAUUUCAACAAGGCAUCCUCACAACAAAGAAGAGAUGUAAUUUGGUACCAUUUCCCAUCAGCAGGUGUCUGGACAAAAUAUCAAUGUGAAUAAGGGCCAAGUGCAGUCCUGUGUAUCUUGAUUAAAUUACUUAUUAUUAAAAAAAGGUCUGGGUGGUAUUCUUUUAAAUCUGACUCAUCUUCAAAGAGCUUCCCUUACCCUUGCCCAUGAACCAAUGUUUAAAAAGUAAUUUUUCUCCCUAGGGUGGAAAAACCCUAAUGAAUAGUAACAAACUUUGCUUUUAAAUUGUUCUAUCUGGUAUUUUUGUAAUUAUACUAUUAAAUGACUCUGGAGUCAUGCUAAUAAGAUUUUUUUGUUUAAUUUUGCUAGGAAGAUUUUACGAUAUAGUCCGAUUGCAUGGUUCCAGGAAAAGCUAGCCUACAUAGAAAGGAUUAUGAAGACUAUGAAGGUAACUGUAAUGUGGGGUUCAAGUCUUAGCAAUUAUCCAACACUCAAAGCUUGUUAAAGACUGUUGCAGGCCAGGAGAAGUCACAAGCAGAGACCAAGUUUAAAGUGUUUCUUUUAACAUUUUUGUAAAAUCUCAACUAUCUGUUGCCAUGAUUUUUAGACACUGUUUUAAAACUAACGUUUUUCAAGCAUCUAAAUCAGGGGUCAGCAAAAAUCUUUUCUGUAAAAAGCCAGAUAGUAAACAGUUUAGGCUUUAUGAGCAAAUAGUUGUUCAUUUCUGUCACAACUCCUCAGUUCUAAAUGAAAGCAGUCACAGACAAUGUGCAAAUGAGUGAGUGUACUGUAUGCCAAUAAAACUUUAUUUACAAAACCAGGCAGUGGGCCAGAUUUGGUUGAGGGGCCAGCUAUAAUUUGUCAACUCCUGGUCUAAAUGAAGCUGGAGAGGAAUAGCUUCCAUCCAGAAAAGAGCCUCUCAGUGAGGGAAAGAGACUGAGAAUAGGAUCAUACUGCACCCUUCUAACAGAAAAUACAUUUAAAAUACAAAACAAGAUUAGUUCAGCCAGUUAAUCUUUUUAUUUUGAGUUUUAUAAAAAAAAAAAGCUUUGAGAAAAAUGUGUUAAAUCUCAGCAAAGGCAGGAAAACAUGUGGAUAGCUUUACAAUAUCAAUCUAAACAUAUACACAAAGGCAAACAUUAAGUAGGAUGCUAGGGAAAGAUAGCACUUUGGGGCCUAACUGCAGUUUUCCUUACUGCACAUAAAGGUUGCUGAUAACUCCAUGUCUUCACUGUUUCACUGUUAAACACAUUUUAAUAUUAUUUUAUAUUACAUGUUUAUAUAAUAUACUAGGUUAUUUUUAUAAAACCACCAGUUUGCCACUGUUGAAUGGAAGUAGAAGACAAAAAAUUCUCCCCAAUUACAGUAUGUAAGCUCUCUCUCUAUAAAUAAUGUUCCCCAGAAGGUCACAUCAUCCCAUGUUAAAUUCACCUAUUCUAUUUUUAAAAUUGCUGUUCAGCUAUCAAAUGAAUCUUGGUGGCCUUCCCACUUAAUAAUUUUAAUGAACAUAGUAAAACUUUCUAAGUAAGUUGUAACAGAUGUAUUUUAUGUAAAAAAUAAAGACAACCUAGGGGGAGGUGACCCUACUAUGAAGUCACACUUUGAAUGAGUGAUUUCAGUGAUAAAUUGCAAAUCCAUAGACUUCACACCCACACAACUGAAAAUCAUUCCUUUGCUUCUCCAAAGCCCACAACUGGAAUAAUCAACAAAAGUCAACCCCCAAACAUCCAUGCAGUUAAACAGUCACCCAGUCACACUUGAAUCUUAACUUUUUUAAGUGCUUUAUCAACAGAUGUAGAGCUCUUCAUGCUGUUUACAAGUCCUUUUCUCUCUGAGCUCCUCCAACAUAUACAGGCCUAGGUCAUUUUCCACUGACCAAGGGUCAAACUGACUAUGACAUUUGGUAUUUCUGUUAACCUUUAAAAGAUGGCCAUCAGAAUGAGGUGAUCUUUCCCAAGGGCUCUCAUGUUUGUUUCAGACCGUUUCAAAAGGCAGCAGAACAGCAGCCAGCCCUUCCUUCUCAUCUCCAAGACUCACGUAGCAGAAAACUGGCUGCCUGUGUGGUCCAUGGGGGCCAUGGUUAUAGUAUACCCUGCUUACAAACAUAAAA